UUUCAAGAUGUCGUCGCUGGAACAGAGGCUUUCGCGAAUUGAGGAGAAACUAAAGCAGGAAAAUGAAGAGGCCCGGCGAAGGAUCGACAUUAACAUCGACAUGAGCCCACAGCGGUCACGUCCCAGGCCAAUCAUCGUGAUCCAGCUCAGCCCUGCUCCAGCCCCUUCCCAACGCGCAGCGCUCCCACUGCCGCUGGCCAAUGACGGAGGAGGGAGCCGAUCGUCAUCUUCAGAGAGCUCACCCCAGCACCACCCGUACCCCAGCCGCCCAAGACACCCGCUCACCCUGCCCACGCCCCCCUACGGACAGCAGAAGAGCCUUGAGAAUGCGGAGAUUGACCAGAAACUUCAGGAGAUCAUGAAACAAACAGGGUAUCUUAAGAUAGAUGGUCAGCGGUAUCCAGCCGAGGUGACAGAUCUGAUCAGUGAGGGGGAGAUCGGCAGUGGGACCUGUGGGCAGGUCUUUAAAGUGCGCUUUAAGAAGACUGACCAUGUUAUUGCUGUAAAGCAAAUGCGUCGAACAGGAAACAAAGAUGAAAACAAGAGAAUCCUUAUGGACCUGGAUGUUGUGUUGAAGAGUCAUGACUGCCCCUAUAUUAUUCAGUGCUAUGGUGCUAUAGUUACUAAUACUGAUGUAUUUAUCGCCAUGGAGUUAAUGGGAACAUGUGCAGAGAAGUUAAAGAAGAGAAUCCAAGGCCCCAUCCCAGAACCAAUCCUCGGAAAAAUGACUGUAGCUAUCGUGAAGGCGCUGCUGUACCUGAAGGAGAAACACGGCGUCAUACACAGAGAUGUCAAACCCUCCAACAUUCUUCUAGACGCCAAGGGUCAGAUCAAACUGUGUGACUUCGGCAUCAGCGGCCGCUUGGUCGACUCCAAGGCAAAGACCCGCAGCGCUGGCUGUGCUGCGUACAUGGCACCUGAGAGAAUAGACCCCCCAGAUCCCACCAAACCGGACUAUGACAUCCGCGCGGAUGUAUGGAGUCUUGGCAUCUCUUUGGUGGAGCUGGCUACAGGACAGUUUCCAUAUAAAAAUUGCAAGACAGAUUUUGAGGUUCUGACCAAAGUGCUGCAGGAAGACCCUCCUCUUCUGCCGCUCAGUAUGGGCUUUUCUCUGGACUUCCAGUCCUUUGUUAAAGAUUGUCUCACAAAGGAUCACAGAAAAAGGCCAAAAUACCACCCACUUCUUGAGCACAGUUUCAUCCGGCGUUACGAGGUGCUUGAUGUGGACGUCGCCGGUUGGUUCCAGUCGGUGAUGGAGCGCACAGAGUCUCCACGCAGCAGUCAGUGUUACAGCCACCAGCACCCGCUCCACUCACUCUUCAGCAGGUAGCCAAACCCUGCGUUACCGUUAGCCUAGCUGCUGCUAGUCUACCCCAGCUUUAGCUUUGCCGAGUGAGACUUGGCUAAGUCUGUUUUAGUCUAGCGUAACGAGCUAAGUCUGACACUCGACUCAGAACCAUCUGUCCAGCGGAGGAGCCACUGGGGAGCAGCACCACGCCCAGGGAGGAGCACUGGUGAUGGGGGUUUGAAAUCUGGACAGGCAGACAAGGCAUGGGGGAGGGGCUUAGUUUAAACAGGGCUGCACCCACUUGCUGUAUAUUUUAUUUCAUACCGUUUUUUACUAACCGCCGCUGGUUUGGUCAACAGCGUAGUCACUACACACUGGAACACUUUCUGCUACGUUAUCAACAUGGCUCAUUUCUGUACAGAAUCACAGACAAAACCUGACUGUGUAAUUACCUAAUCCGGGUUCCUGUGUGUUCACACUUUCUCAGGCUGUAUCUGUAUUAAUUUCACCUCUCACUAUAAUAUUUUUGUACUAGUUAAAAAUGUACUUACACAACACUACAAUCAGAUUAUGUUGCUAUAAUGGUAAUGUUCGUA